AAACAAACCCCUCAGAACGAGAUUACACGAGAUCGCUUAUCCGCCUCUCCCGUUGAAGGUUUUUGGCGUUCUUUCGCUACGUCAUAGGCUCGUAUAUUCGUUUAUUUUGGCUCUAGCUCGCGAGACUUGUGGCGGGUGGCUUUACGGGUAGCUCCACUCGCUGCAGCAACGCAUUACCGGCCAUAGUCGUCAGCCUUUGUUUGCUAAGUGAGCUCCUCGACUCAAAAGAUCCCGCGAGAAAUGCAGCAUGUGGGCUUCUGCCGGUCCUGAUUUGCAGAAGCCAAGCGGGCAGUUUUGAACUGGAACAGAGUGGGGGUGUGUGCAGGCAAGAGCCCUCGGGUGAGCGCGCCAGCCGGUCAGUGGUGUCACACCUGUCAUGGACAAGAAGAAGCCCCUGAAGCGGCCGCGCAUGGACAACCCGCCACUGGGUGCACGGGGCCCCGUAGCCAAUGGGCCAUUGCAUGCUCGGCCCUUGGUGGCACUACUUGAUGGCCGUGACUGCUCGGUGGAGAUGCCCAUCCUCAAGGACGUAGCCACAGUGGCCUUCUGCGAUGCCCAGUCAACGCAGGAGAUUCACGAAAAGGUGCUCAAUGAAGCAGUGGGUGCUCUCAUGUGGCACACCAUCACACUCACCAAGGAGGACUUGGAAAAGUUCAAGGCCCUGCGCAUCAUUGUCCGCAUUGGUUCUGGUGUCGACAACAUUGACACAAAGGCGGCUGGGGAGCUGGGCAUUGCUGUGUGCAAUGUGCCGGGCUAUGGAGUUGAGGAGGUGGCUGACACAACACUCUGCCUGAUUCUCAACCUCUACCGGCGCACCUACUGGCUGGCCAACAUGGUGCGUGAGGGAAAGAAGUUUCAGGGUCCGGAGCAAGUACGCGAAGCUGCCCAAGGCUGUGCCAGAAUUCGAGGCGACACUUUGGGCAUUGUGGGUUUGGGGCGUGUUGGGACUGCUGUAGCACUGCGUGCCCGGGUCUUCGGUUUCAACGUCAUCUUCUAUGACCCCUACCUGCCCGACGGCAUUGAAAAGUCACUGGGGCUCAGCCGGGUGUAUACGCUGCAGGACCUGUUGUUUCAGAGCGACUGUGUGUCGCUUCACUGCACGCUCAAUGAGCAUAACCACCACCUGAUCAACGAGUACACAAUGAAGCAGAUGCGGCCCGGAGCAUUCUUGGUCAACACUGCACGAGGAGGACUCGUUGACGAAGCAGCACUGGCUGCUGCCCUCAAGGAUGGCCGCAUUCGGGCAGCAGCAUUGGAUGUGCACGAAAAUGAACCGUACAACACCCUUGCCGAAGUCUCGCAUCAUGGACCCCUCAAGGAGGCACCCAAUCUGAUCUGCACUCCACAUGCGGCCUGGUACAGUGACGCCAGCUGUACUGAGUUACGUGAGAUGGCCGCCUCCGAGAUUCGUCGAGCGAUAGUGGGGCGUAUCCCGGACUCUCUGCGCAACUGCGUCAACAAGGAGUACUUCACGGGCUAUGGGGAUGGCAUCAAUGGCGGUGCCUACAACUACAACCCAAUGGGUGUGCCACACUCGACGACAGCCCUGGAGCCCCUGGCACCCGGCGUUCCCCACUCGACUUCGCACCUGCAGGACUCGGCCAACCACCUGGCCCCCAAGCCUGAGAGCUCGGAGGUGCACUGACAUAUCAUUCCAGGGGCCCCUCCUCCUCCUUCAUUCCUCCUGUCUCGCCGUCUCCUGUGUUGUGUGCUUCCGUUUGACUCCCCCUCUCUCUAGCUAGGCUCUUUUAGUUGGCUGCUUUAGGCUUCCCCCUUCUGCUCGUUCAUGUGUGCAUUAACAUUUGAUGGGUGGCAGUCCCAAAUAAAACUUCGCACCUUUUAACGUC